AGACUCUGGACUCCAGGAGCAGCUGCCCCCCGAUUCUCCCGCAGGCCCACACCCUCCCAGCGGCGGACAGCACCUCACAGAACCUGGGAAGCGCCCGCCGCGGGAUCGCUCGGAGAAACGAGACUCCGGAUUGGCUGUCUCCGAGGACUGCGGGCGCAAAGGCGGGGCGCCCGGGCGUCGCAGAUAAAUGACGCAAAUCCGCGGCUCCUUAAAGGAGCCAGCCCCGGGAGCGCGGUUGGCGCAGGCGCGUUCCGAGUCCCCUCCCUUUUGGUUCUUUGAGCUCCUGAGAACCGAGCCGGACCAGGCAGACGGGCGGGCGGGAUCGCACGCGGGUUGUGCGGACAGGACGCGCACCGAACGCGGGAAGCUUGACGGUUCUGUCUGUCAGGGCGGCGUCGGGAGCGAAGCCAACGGACGGACGGGCGGGCGCCGCUAUGGCCCAGGGCAGUGCCGUGUCCGACCCUCAGCACGCCGCGCGCCUGCUGCGAGCGCUCAGCUCGUUCCGCGAGGAGUCGCGCUUCUGCGACGCGCACCUGGUCCUGGACGGGGAGGAGAUCCCGGUGCAGAAGAACAUCCUGGCGGCGGCCAGCCCGUACAUCAGGGUCCCCGGCCGGGUCCCAUGCUGGCUCUGCCCUCCACCCCCCCACACACACAUACACACAAGUCGGGUGUCUCGCCACACGCAGGCCGGGCCUGGGCCCCCCAAGACUCCUUUGGACUUGAGACCCGGGAGCGGGACCCUGUGUCCCCGCCUCUCAGAGCCCGCCCGGUAGCCCCUCACCCCGGAAGAGCCAGGCCCCAGCGCGCCCAGCCCGGCUGGCGUUUGCGGGCCCGGCCCAGCGCGGAGAAUCCAGACAAAUGCGGCGGCGCGGGCCCGGGAGCGGGGAGGCUCCCGAGCGCCGCCCCGGGACGCGGGACAGCACCUGCCCGCGCGCUCUCCGUCCUCACAAGUGUGACUGUUCUGCUGCACCCCCACCCCCAGCCCGGACCCUGGGGUUCUGAGGUUUAAAAGACCAGCCCUAGACAGUAAGCUGAAAGUAAGCUGACUGCAGCCCUAGACAGUAACCUGAAAGUAAGCUGACUGCAGGUCUCAGGAUGCCAGUUCCAGCUCCGCAGAGGACCAUAGAGACGUUAGUGCUUCAGAAAGCUUUGUAUAAUUUUGAGGUAAGCAAAGCAUAACCUGAUUUGCGUGCUCAAAUAACCAGUUAAUUAAAGGUUGAUAAGGCAGUGCUUACUCAAGUGUAUCAGUUCUUGCAGAGAUUUUUUUUUUUAAUCUUAGAGCAGCUUUCUUGCAGAUUGAGUUAUCCUUUCAAUAAAAGUGGAGGGGGGAAUGCCAAGAACUUGCAAAACUGUUCAGUAAGCUGGUUAAAUAUAGAUGGUUAGUCGAGAAUGUUGCUAUAAAUGACCGAUCAGAAAAUGAUUUGUGCUGUAUUUUGAAUGCUUUGCGCUAAUCGAACACAGCACAAACUACCUUUGAAAAGAUGAGGGAGAGGGAGAACACAUCACAUCAUAUCACAUCACUCUGGAACAUGCAAUACCAAGAAUAGAACUGAGGACCUCAUCCUUGAGAGUUCGGAGGUGGACUCACUCCCUGCAUCACUGCCCAAGAUGACACAAACUACUUUUCAACCACAGCUUUAGGUAACAUUUGUGCACUUGGAAGUAGUUCAAGUACUCUUGUAUCCUCAGACUCUCUUUUUCAAGUCCCUUGUCCCUCUUUCCUUGUAGAUAUAAGGAAUGUGGAUGAGGGGAGUCUUUUUAUUGUGGAAUUUUCAUGACUGGCAGUUCAGAUGUUGGAGAGAUCAGUACUAUAUUGCAAUCUUCUGGCGGAGCCUUCCCUGUAUCCAAAGUAUUCUCUGGGGAAAUGGCUGAGAACUAAUUUAGAUACAUUAUUGCUAUUCUUUAAUUGGCCUUCAGUUGGCUUAAAAGGAAAUUGCAAAUUUCCAAAUGCUUUUCAUCCCCUUUCCAUACUUUACUUUUCUCCUCAGCACUUAAGAAUAUUUUAUUCAUUUACUUUGUGGAUCACAGCAACAGUGUAAGCUCCACAUGGCCAAAGAUUUUGUUGUUGUUAAUAACUGACACCCCAGAACAGUGCUUAGUGGUUUAGGGAGUGUGCUGAGUGACUGUUUUCCUUACUACCACAGCAUAUUGGACAGUAGAGCAUUUGCUCAUAUUUCCAUUUCAGCUGGGCAUGCAAUUCUCUCUAAUUGAGAAGAAUACUGGACCUGCUUUGUGCUUUCCCUUUUUGCCAUCAGGAUUAUUGCUAGGGCUGGGUGCCUGCAUGACAAAUCCACCACUCCUGGCAGCCAUUCCCCCCCCCCCCUUCUUUCUUUCUUACUAAGACAGAGAGAAAUUGAGAAAGGUGGGGAAACUAGGCAGAGAGAAAGAGAGACACCUGCAGACUGCUUCACUGCUCAUGAAGCUAACCCCCUGCAGGUGGGGACUGGGUUCAAACCUAGAUCCUUGUGUGUGGUAAUGUGUGCACUUAACAGGGUGUGCCACUUUUUUUACUCUCAUUAGCUUGGUAGAUGACUUAAUCUCUCUUUCAGCUCACUAGUCUGAUAAAUGAAGGAUAAGACAUGUCUUUAUCUCAUUUAACUUUUGGCCCGCUCUGUAGAAAUGUAUAAAAUUUGCUUUGAAUGCCACACAUCUUUGUACAAGAUAGUGCUUUUCAUCACUGUAUCUGUGGAAUUAAGGAAGUUGGGGUUUCCAUAGCUUGUAGUGAGAAUAUUUGUGGUGUGAGAAAUUACUUACUUGUAAUACUAAUUUAGGUGAGAAAUACUGUUCAUAAUAGCAGAGCUAAAAAGAGUUAUCAAAUGUCCUCUAGUCCAAUAUUGUUAGUUUCCAAAUAAAAAAUAGUACUCAUUAAUUUGUACUUAUAUACUUCUGGCAAGGGUAUACAAGUAACAAAAAACAGUAUAUAACAAUAACAAAAGCAGCCCAUUGGAAAAGUGGACAAAAGAUCCAAACCUUUCAGAUAGCUUACAGACAUGAAAAAAGUGCUCUGUACCCUUUACCAUUAGAGAAAUGCAAAUUAAAACCACUAUGAGCUACCACCUCACACUUGUGAGAACAGCAUAUAUCAACAAAACAGGAAACUAUGGGUGUUGAUGAGGGUGUAGAGGAAAAGGAACUCUGAUACUCUGUUGGUGGAAAUGCAAAUUGAUAAAGCCCCUAUGGAAGACAGUAUAACAGUCCUCAAAUAAAAACAAAAAUACCUAUUAUCCAGCAGUACCAUUUGUUGUCAUAUAUCCAAAGAAUAAGGGAUAUCUGCACUGUGUUGAUGGCUGCAGUAUACAUAGUAGUACAAAUAAAGGAGCAAACUGAAUACCCAUCAACAGAUAACUGGGUAAGUAGAAGUAAUGGAAUAUUUAUUAAAUGGAACACUACACUGCAAUAAAAAAGUGAGACUGGAACUGGGGAGGUAACAUCAUGACUAUGUAAAAGACAUGCCUGAGGCUCUGAGGUUCCAGGUUCAGUUCCCAGCACCAUCAUAAACCAGAGCUAAGCAAUUCUCUGGUGUGUGUGUGUGUGUGUCUUUGUAUCUUUCUGUGUCUCUCAUUAAAAUUAAAAGAAUACUUAUUUAAAUUAAUAAGAUACAGUUGUAUAUCAUUUGGGACAAAAAUGGAUGGGACUGGAAAUGACUAUGUUAACUGAAAUAAGAGGUGAAAGACAACUACCUAAUGAUUUUGCUUAUGUAUGUGGAAUAUUGAUAACUAAAGCAAAUAAAUUUGUCUUCAGAAAAACAAAACAGUGUGACAGUGUGGUCUGGGAGAUGGCGCAGUGGAUAAAGAAUUGAACUCUCAAGAGUGAGGUCCUGAGUUCAAUCCCCAGCAGCACAUGUGCCAGAGUGAUGUCUGGUUCUUUCUUUCUCCUGCUAUCAUUCUUCAUAAAUAAAUAAAUAAAAAAUAAAAAUAAAAAAA